AUGGCUGAUUCCGGCACUGAUCGAGUCGAGGCCGCCUUAGACCGCCUCACUUCGCGCAUUGAAGAUCUCCUCCAGCACGUGACCCCUUCACCAUCACCACCCUUUCCCUCUCGUAACCCCGUUCCUGCACAGACACACAGACUGAAGUUAGAUGUCCCCAGAUUCGAUGGGACUGAUCCUAUGGGCUGGAUUUUUAAAAUUACACAGUUCUUCGAGUAUCACGGUACUCCUAAUCAGGACCGCAUCACCAUUGCUGCUUUUUAUAUGGAGGGAAGGGCCCUUGCUUGGUUCCAGUGGAUGUCAAGCAACGGCCAAUUCACCUCUUGGCCCGUAUUCCUACAGGCCUUGCAGACCCGGUUUUCCCCAUCCAACUACGAGGAUCCUUCGGGAUCUCUGUUCAAACUUACUCAGCGAACCACAGUGACAGAAUACUUAUCUGAAUUUGAAGAGCUUGCCAACAGGGUCGUCGGACUCCCAGCUCCAUUUCUUCUCAGCUGCUUUGUUUCCGGUCUUGCGCCAGAAAUUCGCCGCGAAGUCAUGAUCAACCAGCCUCUCACGGUGGCUCAAGCCGCAGGUCUCGCGCGCCUCCACGAAGAGAAAUUGCGUGACCUCCGCUUCGAUUUUCGCCAUCCUAACCGCCCUCGAACCCCCCAACCACCACCUAUAGUCUCACAGCACCCUCCGCCCCUAUCCUCGUUUCCCUCUCCACGCGCCCCCUCACUUCCCCCUUUACUUCCAUUACCACCGCGUACUAACCCACCACCGCCACCUACAUUCCGUCGCCUGACCCCGGAAGAGCUAGCCUCGCGUCGGGAGCGGGGCCUCUGCUUCUCUUGUGACGAAAAGUUCCACAAAGGCCAUAGGUGCGCCCCUAGGGUUCACCUUCUGAUAGCAGACGCGGAGGACCCCGUGGAGCACAUGGGUUCUAAUAUAGACCCAUCAGACCCUAUUGACCCGGGACCCGGCCCAAUGGAAAUACCCGACUCCCCAGCCCAUAUUAGCCUCAACUCCUUAGCGGGCCAUUUAGCCCCCGAGACCCUCCGACUCGUCGGCGACAUCUCCGGCAUCCCUGUCUUGGUCCUCAUAGACGGUGGGAGCACCCACAAUUUCCUCCAGGAGCAGCUUGUGGUUCAAUUGGGCCUUACCUCUCAUCCCACCUCACCAUUAAAGGUCAUGGUCGGAAAUGGACAGCACCUUCAGUGUCACACGAUUUGUGACUCCGUCACUCUCAUCCUUCAACAGCACUCGUUCACAGUGGAUUUCUACGUGCUUCCAAUUGCCGGCGCUAAUGUCAUUCUUGGUGUCCAAUGGUUGCAAUCCUUGGGGCCUAUUUUAACUGAUUACACUCACCUUAGUAUGCAAUUUUUUCAUGAUGGCAGGUUAGUCAAUUUACAAGGGGACCCAGAGGCCCAUCGUGGCCUGUUAUCUUCUCCACAGUUUCGGCGAGCUUGCCGCAAUCAAAACCAGAGUCUCUGCUUCCACAUCACCAUGCUUCCAAAUGACUUGGACUCCCCGUUGACCAGACCCGUUGACCCUCAGGUACAACACCUCCUUCAACAGUUCUCCAUCCUCUUUCAGGAGCCCAACGCCCUUCCGCCGGCCAGGGACACGGAUCAUCAAAUCCACUUAAGACCCCAUGCCACUCCAGUCAAUGUCCGGCCAUAUAAAUACCCCUAUUACCAAAAGCGUGAGAUCGAAACUCAGGUGGAAACAAUGCUUCAACGAGGAAUCAUUCAACCCAGCAAGAGUCCAUUCUCCUCGCCGGUUUUAUUGGUCAAGAAGUCCGACAACACAUGGAGGUUCUGCGUCGACUAUCGUGCGCUGAAUGCCCUCACAAUCAAAGAUCGUUUUCCAAUCCCAACGAUCGAUGAGCUUUUGGACGAGCUAGGCGAUGCUAGUUGCUUCUCCAAGCUGGAUUUGUUGCAGGGGUAUCAUCAGAUACGCAUGCAACCGGAUGACAUCCCCAAAACGGCCUUCCGCACGCAUCACGGGCACUUUGAAUUCAAGGUGAUGCCCUUUGGCUUGUGUAACGCGCCUUCAUCUUUCCAGGCGACUAUGAACACGCUUUUCCGACCGUAUCUCCGGCGUUUUAUCAUCGUUUUCUUCGAUGACAUUCUCAUAUACAGCGUCUCUCUCAGUGAUCACCUGCGUCACUUACAAACCACCUUUCAAGUACUUUAUGAGAAUCAUUUUGUGCUUAAGCUCUCCAAAUGUCUCUUUGCUCAACCCGAAGUCGAGUAUUUAGGCCACCUGGUUUCAUACAAGGGCGUUCAACCUGUCACUGCGAAACUCGAUGCCAUUGCUCAGUGGCCUCAACCUCGAACUGUUCGCGCUCUCCGCGGUUUCCUGGGCCUUGCCGGCUUCUACCGCAGAUUCAUCCAUGGUUACGCCACCAUCGCGGCACCACUCGUGAAGGCCACUACUGUUGAACCCCUUCAAUGGACUUCCUCAACCCAGACUGCUUUUGAAACCCUCAAACAAGCUCUAACCUCAGCCCCGGUUCUCACUCUUCCCAACUUCCAAUUGCCUUUUACCAUUGAGACUGAUGCAUCCGCAAUUGGGAUGGGGGCUGUCCUAUCACAACAGGGCCACCCAAUUGCUUAUUUCAGUAAACCCUUUAGUCAGAAGAUGCUCCGCGCCUCCACUUAUGUCCGAGAACUGUUUGCCAUUACCGCCGCCGUGAAGAAGUAG